AUGCCAAAUCCCCUAGUGUUUGGGGGUGAAACACCCCCAGAAGAGAGUCCGAGCCGGGACAACUCCGCUGCUGACAUACGUCACACCGCGCUUGGACUCUCCACCUUGCGAACGUUGACAACGCAUCUCCCUCCCCUCGUACUUGUUGCUUGCACUCUCCCAACACAGCUUUUGAAGCAACCAGCCUUCGGGCCAUUUGAGAUUGUCACCGCGACCCCGAACUCGACCGACGCCCAGCCCAUUUUCGAGCUCGUGCCGAUCUCGCGACAGCUCCCCGGUCGCAGCUUGGGGCAGAUUGCACAGUCGCUUUUUGGAGCGAUGGAUCACUCAAUCCAGCGGUUGCUGAACGACAAGCUCUAUGAUAAACGAAAACAGGGGGCCUUGGAACUCGAGAAAAUCGUUCGCGAAGCUGUUUUCAAGGGAGAAGUCGAGAAGAUCCAGAAGAUCGUUGAGCAGCUCUGCCACGACUAUGCCUACGCUGUUCAUCAACCCCACGCCAGGAAUGGAGGUCUGAUCGGGUUGGCUGCGGCCUCGAUUGCACUGGGAUCAGAAGGAGUUGCGCCGUACUUGAAGGAGAUCGUGCCGCCGGUCCUGGCGUGCUUUUCCGAUCAAGAUGCGCGAGUCCGGUACUAUGCCUGCGAGAGCAUGUACAACAUUGCCAAGGUGGCCAAAGGGGAAAUCUUGCUGUUCUUCAACGACAUCUUUGAUGCGCUGGCCAAGCUUGCGUCUGAUUCCGAGCUUUCAGUGAAGAAUGGUGCGGAGCUUCUCGACCGCUUGGUAAAGGAUAUUGUGGCCGAAUCCGCAGCUUCAUAUGUAUCAGUGCUCCAGCUGUCUGAGAAGGAAGCGGCAGAUCCGGGGGCGUUGGACGAUAUCGAGCUCCCAACAGCCUUUUCACUCGCCAAGUUCAUCCCUUUGCUCAAAGAACGCAUCCAUGUGAUCGGGCCAUUUACUCGGAAUUUCCUAGUGUCGUGGCUGACUUUAUUGGACACGAUUCCCGACCUGGAGCUCGUAAGCUACUUGCCCGAGUUCCUGGAGGGAUUGAUCAAUUUCCUUGGUGGGCCCAACAAGGAUGUCAAUGUUGCUACCCAAGGCCUCCUUGACCGAUUUUUAUCCGAGAUCAAGAGGAUCACGCGCUUGAAGAAGGGAAUUGAAGAAAGCCGCAUGGAUCAGCACAGUCGCAGACGCUCAGCUGCAAGUGAUACCGGGAGCACCAAGACCGAGCAAACUGUGGGAACUGGUGGCGUUGAAGAUGGCGAGAAGGAGGAUAUCGCCGUUGAUGAUUCCGCAUCUGAAUCGCUCAUCGAUGAAGAAGUUCUUCAGGCCGAUGGGGACUGGAUCCCGGGGCAAGAUGUGCAGAUCGAUUAUCCAAAGAUUCUGGAUAUUCUCGUCGGCUUUGUCGACACAUCUUAUCAGGAAGAGAUACAGCUCACUGCCCUCCGUUGGAUCGAUACGUUCUUCGAGAUCAGCCCUGAGGACAUCCUCCCAUUCGUCCCGCGGCUUCUGACUCAAGUGCUGCCAGCAAUGUCGAGUGGUUCGGAUCAAGUUCGGCAGGCAGCAAAUCGAGUCAACACAUCACUGCUCGAGUACAUCUAUUCUCUAUCCGAUGAACCAACCGAGGAGGUGGUCCAAGCCCAGCCUAAGGUUCCAUCUAUUACCGCCAGUAAAGAGAGCGUGGAAAGGAGAUCGUCGACACCUGGAGGAAAACCUUCAGAUAUGGGCAAUGAUACAAAGAAACCAGCGCCGCAACAGGAAUCUUCCGCCGCAGCAACACCGCGCAGUAGUAUCAUCUCAGCACCGGUCCAUCCGGCUGAUCUCGAUUAUGCCGCCGCCGUCAACUCCCUUACAUUACAAUUCCUCAACGAGAAUGAAGCCACCCGGUCAGCUGCACUGUCGUGGCUUAUUAUGUUACACCGCAAAGCCCCACGGAAAGUGGUUGCGUUUAACGACGGGACCUUCCCGGCUCUAUUGAAAACAUUGUCGGACCCUGCAGAAGCGGUUGUUACGAAGGACUUGCAGCUUCUCUCGCAAAUCUCGAGGAAUAGCGAGGAUAGCUAUUUUGCCUCGUUUAUGGUGAACCUUUUGCAGCUGUUUUCCACCGAUCGACAUCUGCUGGAGGUACGGGGGAAUCUGAUUAUCAGACAGCUUUGUCUGAAUCUCAGCCCGGAGCGUAUCUACCGGACUUUGGCGGAUUGCCUUGAGAAGGAAGAGGAUAUCGAAUUCGCCAGUAUCAUGGUACAAAAUCUCAACAACAACCUCAUCACCGCCCCGGAGCUCUCAGAGUUAAGGAAACGGUUGAGGAACCUUGACUCGAGGGACGGUCAAAUGUUCUUUGUUGCGCUUUUCAGGUCAUGGUGCCACAACGCCGUCUCUACCUUUUCUCUGUGUCUUCUUGCCCAGGCCUAUGAACAGGCGUACAAUCUUCUCCAAGUCUUUGCCGAGCUUGAAAUGACUGUCAACAUGCUGAUCCAGAUCGACAAACUCGUCCAGCUCUUGGAGUCUCCAGUAUUCACCUAUCUCCGGCUCCAGCUUCUCGAACCAGAAAAAUACCCCUACCUCUACAAGUGUCUCUACGGCGUGCUCAUGCUUCUCCCCCAAAGCUCAGCUUUUGCUGCACUCAAGAACCGCCUCAACAGCGUCAGCAACAUCGGGUUUCUCCAUGGCGGACCCCGCAGCCAAGCAGCACCAUCCUACGACCGCCCAAGCGGCAGCCGCCUGAAACCACGCGACGAAAACACCAUCCGCUGGGUCGAGCUCCUGGACAAAUUCAAGUCUGUCCAGGAACGCGCCCGCCGCUCCCAGGCCAGCCAGCGCCCCUCCUCACUCGACCCAACCGGUCCCUUGCACAACAACCCCUCUCUCACCGCUGCACUCUCUGCUGCUGCAACGGCAGACCGCACCCGAGACCGCGUGGGUCUGCCCGACCCCCGCGCGCCGGAUCUGCCGGUGCCGGCACUGCGAAUCCCGGUACGGCGGGCGGUGCUGCAGGGUUAUCUGGGGCGAAUGCCGGCAGCAGUGCCCGCGGUCAAGUCUGCCGAAUCUGGGCCGGCUCGGGAUCGGGGGUCGCAAAUCGAAGCGGUGAUUUGCUUAGUAGGAGAGUCGGGUGGGAGGGUCUAA